AUGGCUCAGAAUGUCACCCGAGAGAGCCAGGACUUGGUAGAAUGGCUGCAGGGCUAUAAUUGCCAAUUACUUAAUAAGGAAGAAGAGUCUACCUAUUUUCGCUCUAAUCUUACUAAGCAAUCUAUUAUAGACCUAGCCUUCUAUACCUCUUCCUUUAAGGAGAGUGAGCUUGACAACUGGGCAGUGCUAGAGGCUACAGGCUCUGACCAUGCUAUAAUAGGCUUUUCCUUAUUUAUCAAGGAGGCUAACUAG